UUUCAGUUUUGAGCUAACCGUCGAAUACGUCAAACGUCCGCGCUCGUGUUCGGUUUCUUCGGAAUUGUGUUUAUAUUUGGUUAUUAUUGUAUACUUCUCUCCUGUUGUUGUUGUUGUUUUUAUUUGAAAAAAAAAAAAAAAAUACUCUCAUACCUAAUUUUUGUCUAGUGUGUGUAUUCUUAACUGUUUGUGUUGAGUAAAGUUAUUUCCCCCUUUACAACCAAGUUAACUAUUACAAGCAAAGUAUUUGUACAAUUUAUUAACCAUACAACCCACACACACAUACACCUGAGACAAGUGUAUAAUAAUCAUCAGACACAAGAUACAUACCUUGAAAGGUAAAAUAAUAAAAAAAAAAAUAAGUUAAAAAAAAGGAAUUAAAAAGCAAAAAAAAAAAAUAUUAAAAAUAAAUAUUCUUUACGACCGACAUCGUUAACGACGACCACGACGACGACGUUUGUGUGAAAUUUCUCAAGAAGAAAGUUGAUGUGAUUAUUUUUUUUUUUUUUGUAGUUUGUUCAAUUUAUGUGUUGCAUAUUGGUUUUUCAAUAAAUAGAAGAAAAAGAAUUAGAUAUAAAACAACUUUUUGAUCUACAUUCAUAUCGAAAAUAAAAGAAAUACAAAGUUGUGAAAAUUGUUGUUACAUUUCUUCCGAGUCGAUUUUAGUGAAUAAUUGGAAUAAUUUAACAUAAUUACUGAGGUGAUUUCAUUAAGGGAUAAUCCAAAUAAGCAGAUACAAUCAACAAAAAAAUAUCAACAAACUGCACCUGGUCAAUCAACAAGCACCUUGCUGCCGCCUUAAUCUCUCUAAACGGACCAAUUUCAUCACUUCAGAGAGUUGUGUGCAACUUACUUGCAGCUAAAAUGCCGAUAAAUUGUAAAUUUUAUGAAUCUGGCUGAUUGCAAACGAAACUAUCUCAAAACACGAAAGAAAAAAAAAAAAUUACACGAGUGCAAUAUCAUUCAUCGCACUCAUAUUGCAGAGUUAAAAAUUGGAUUUGCAAGAAAAAGCACCAAAACUUCAGACGAGCACUAAUGCAAUAAACACGGAGGAUUUGGUUCGCAUCUGCAGCAGCAAACUAACAAAAACAGUGUGUUGUUUGGCUUGGAUUGGCUUUGGAUAAUUAAAAAUACCAAACAUGUAUCGGCCAAAUUUCUAUGAAUCCACAUGUCUGCGUUGCAACGAAAUCGUCUACCAGGUGGACCGAGUUGGCCCGCUAAAAGACUUUACAUUCUUCCAUUCGGGCUGUUUCAAAUGCGUCCACUGUGGGACGAAAUUAACACUUAAAACGUACUUCAAUAGUCAGCACAAGCAUGACGACAAGGAGGUCUAUUGCAGUUCGCACGUACCAAAGAGUGGACCUGGUCAUCUUGAUCAAACAUCUGUAGGUAUAAGACAGGCAUUGAAUGUGCCACGAACAAAUAAGUUUGUUAAUGAGCAAAUACGAGGCUCAAGAUUAAAUGGUGUCGAUGGUGUUAGUUCCCGUCAAUCAACGCCAAACGGCUAUGGCAGCCGGGAAGUCAGUUCACCCUCACAAAAUGACUCCGACUACAAGUACGGACGAUUCGAUGCGAGUGCCUUACACAUUGCACACGCACUCAAGCAGACAGAAAUCCAGAAAGCCUACAACAAGCGACGAGAAAAACCAAUCGAUUUCUAUUUGGCUCGCGAGGAACAAGCUCAUCUUGAAAUGAAACAUCGCAAAGAAGAAGAUGACCUUUACCGUAAAUUUGCUCGAAAACGUGAAGAGGAAGACCGUAAAAUCCAAAGUGAAUUCCAAGAUGAAUGGGAACGUGAAUUGCAGCGUCUAACUCAUAAAUUCGAAAAAGAAUUAGCCACUUCGAGACGAAAUCGUGACGAACAAAGUGUCUUGACUCUGCGUCACCAACAACAGAAAGACGAUCUGGAAAAGAAUAUGACACUUCGUCGUAGUAAAAAGAAAGAAAGUAUCACUCGGAAAAUGCUUGAACAUGAACGUUACGAAACUGCGGCGCUUGUCGACCGGCAAUCUAGUGAAAUGUUAGAACUAAUCAGUGCCCGUCGGAGUGAAUACAUGCAAAAUGAGAGCAUCUUUUUGGAUGAUGAUUUCAAUGAGGGUGCCAUUGCGAUAGAGUAUCCUAAUAUAGCUCCGAUUCCGGCACCGCCAGCGGUCAGUAAAUUUCAAAUCUAUACCGAUCCGAUUGAGUUUGAGGAUGUCGAUCGUAUUGCUAUAUCGGUGGCCCAAGAAGAUCAAAAGACUUUCACAGACCUGGUGCGUCAAUUGGUUGGUCGUUGUACCACUGAUAUUGAAAAGGCUCGUACAAUCUUCCGAUGGAUUACAGUUAAAAAUCUGAACGCGAUGCACUUUGAUGACGACUUGAGGGGUGACACUCCAAUGGGCUUACUACGGGGCAUUAAAUAUGGGACUGAGAGUUAUCACGUUCUUUUCAAACGACUUUGCAGUUAUGCCGGUCUGCACUGUGUGGUAAUUAAAGGUUACUCUAAGAGCGCUGGCUACCAGCCUGGUGUCAAAUUCCAGGACUCACGGUUCAGAAACUCUUGGAAUGCUGUAUACGUUGCUGGAGCAUGGCGAUUUGUACAAUGUAACUGGGGAGCUAGGCAUCUUGUGAAUGCUAAGGAAGCUCCAAAAACAGGACGAGGAAAGAAUGAUAGCCUGCGAUAUGAAUAUGACGACCAUUAUUUCCUCACGGAUCCUCGUGAGUUCAUCUACGAGUUCUAUCCUCUUCAAGAAGAUUGGCAGCUCCUUAAGCGACCAAUAACUCUAAGGGAAUUCGAAAAUCUACCAUUUGUUCGAUCACUCUUCUUCCGAUACGGACUACACUUUGCCGAUGAAGGUUAUGGAGCAGUGGUAUUCACUGAUGAUACAGGUGCUGCAACAGUCCGAAUAGCAAUGCCAGCCGAUAUGCAAAGUUGCCUGAUUUUCCAUUAUAAUCUGAAAUUCUAUGACAGCGAAGAGGAUUCCUAUGAUGGUGUGUCAUUGAAACGUUUUGUAAUGCAGUCAGUGAUUGGAAAUAUUGUUGCAUUCCGAGUUCAUGCGCCAUGCUCGGGUGCAUUUCUUUUGGAUAUAUUUGCCAAUGCUGUAACACCGCAGGAGUAUCUAACCGGUGAACCAAUGAAGUUUAAAUCAGUUUGCAAAUUUAAAAUUUGCUGUGAGGAGUUACAGACCGUAAUGGUUCCAUUGCCAGAUUGUGCCAGCGGUGAAUGGGGUCCAACUAAAGCAACAAGACUUUUUGGAUUGAUUCCAAUUACACAUCAAGAACCACUUAUUUUUGCUGGACGGAGUUUGGAGUUACAAUUCCGUAUGUCUCGACCAUUGACUGAUUUUAUGGCAACUCUACACAAAAAUGGAAUCGAGGAAAAGAAAUUAUCUAAAUAUGUUGCACAUACAAAUACAUCUGAUGACAUCGUUACUUUUGUUAUAACAUUCCCAGAAGAAGGUCAGUAUGGUCUUGAUAUUUACACCAGAGAAGUUGGAGUCACAGUACAAAACAACAAUUCACCUACUGAAAAACAUCUGUUGACGCAUUGCUGUAAAUAUUUGAUAAACUCUUCCAAGAGAAAAUAAAAUAUUUUUUAGUAGUUUUCCAAGUUUCUAACUGUUGACUUUUUUGUUUUUUUUUUAUAUGUGUAAUAAUUUUAAUGUAUUUAACCUUAACAAAUAUUUAUAUAUACAUUCUAGUAUGUAGAGUAUUAAUACAUGAUUUUUUUAUAUAAAAUUAAAUUUAAAUGAAACUCUAGUUACUCUUAACAAAUUAUACUGAUGUUCAAAUAUUAAAAGAAUAAGCUUUUAUAAAUAAAACAAAAAAAAAAAAAAUA